AUGGAGAUCUCCCUGGAUGCGCUGCUGGGUGUGCAGAGGCACAAGCAGGACCUGGCCUACCGCCUCGCACAUGACGUCUCGGGGUUGCUCCUCUACCUUCACGUGCAGACGCCGCAGCUCCCGUGGCCCGGCCCGCCGCUCAAGCUCCUCCCCUUGGACAUCGAGCUCCCCGCCGCCCCCUUCACGGUCGGCGUCGAUCUCCCGGCCCUGGACGUCGCGUCCUUCGUGGAGAUCGGCGGCCGACUCACGCUGGCCGGGUCCGACCUCGGCGCCUCCGUCGGCGGCGCCGUGCAGCAGCUGUCGCGGCAGCUUCCCGCGCCGUUCCACGCGCGGCGCCGGAAGUGGGAGGGGGACGCCGCGCCGCCGACGCCC